UUCCUCUUCUUUAGCUCUUCAUCAACCUCACCCGCUCCAUUCCUCUAUCCAAACCCAGAUUCCUCUUGGGAAAAAUUCAAACACUCAUGGCUUCCAACUCGUUGACGAGCUGCGGCGUGGCCGCCGCCGCCUUCCCCGCUCUCCUCUCCUCCUCCAAAUCGAAGUUUACUGCCGCAGUUCCGCUCCCCAGCGCCACCAGCAAUGGCGGCCACGGCCGUGUAGUCAUGUCAGCUGACUGGAUGCCUGGCCAGCCCCGGCCGCCUUACCUUGACGGCUCAGCUCCUGGCGACUUUGGGUUUGACCCGCUUCGGCUCGGUGCGGUUCCAGAGAACCUGGAGAGAUACAAGGAAUCUGAGCUCAUUCAUUGCAGAUGGGCUAUGCUUGCUGUUCCAGGGAUCCUGGUACCUGAGGCCUUGGGUUUGGGUAACUGGGUAAAGGCUCAAGAGUGGGCUGCAACCCCUGGUGGUCAAGCCACUUACCUGGGCAACCCAGUUCCAUGGGGCACCCUCCCUACCAUUUUGGUCAUUGAGUUCCUGAGCAUUGCCUUUGUGGAGCACCAGAGGAGCAUGGAGAAGGACCCUGAGAAGAAGAAGUACCCUGGUGGUGCUUUUGACCCUCUGGGUUACUCUAAGGACCCCAAAAAGUUUGAGGAGUACAAAGUCAAGGAGAUCAAAAAUGGUCGGCUUGCAUUGCUGGCAUUCGUGGGAUUCUGUGUGCAACAAACAGCAUAUCCAGGCACAGGACCGUUGGAGAACUUGGCAACUCACUUGGCUGAUCCAUGGCACAACAAUAUUGGGGACAUCGUCAUCCCCAGAUCAAUUUUGCCUUGAAUGAUUGAUUGGAUUGGGACUCUUAAUCAGUGUCAAAUUACCCACUGUGUAAAACUUCUCAUGUGAAAAUCUGUAAGGAAUCACCAACCCAUGUAUCCACUCAUGUGUUCCAUGUAAUUAAAGAACCUAGAACUGAUGAAUUUGCUGCUGUGACUCUCUCCACUAGUUGAAA